AUGAAAACCUCUGAAUAAGAAAUCUCUUAUAAGGAAAGAGUAAUAACAGAGAUACCUGAGAGACAUAAGUAGCCUAAAGAAAUAAUUAAAAAAGAAAAAUCAAAAACCACUUUAACUCUCAACAUUAUUGACAACCCUGCCCUAUAAAAAGAACUAUAUGUUCCAACUUCAAGCACUCCAGAAUACUAGCAGUUAGAUUAAAAGCCAUUUGAUUUUCAUGUGAAUUCAUUUAAUAAUACAAGCAAAGCCUCAAAAGAUCUCAAUCAUAGUAAUAAUACUAGAAAUAUAAGAACUCUUCUAGUUUCACCAAGAAGGAACUAAAUUAAUACUGAGGUAGUUUCAUAGAAAAUAGGGCAAUAGAGCUUGAAAUAAGAUUAGUUUGAUAUUUAGGCUGUGCUAAAAUAGAGCAAUUAUGAAUACAGGCCCAAUUAAAACGAUAAGAUAAUGCUCAAUAAGCAUUAACUGCAAAACAUUUAAUCCUUAACUAGGCGACUUUCAGAACCAAAUAUUAACAUCGGCAACCAUAAAUAGUUAUUGAAGCAGAAACACAAAAAUCUGUAGAGAUAAUUUGAAAAGAAAUCUAAAAAAGAUAUGUAGAACAUGAAUGAAAUGAUUUCAGAUGGGUUGCUUAUGGGAGAUAAGUCUGAUAUAGUCCAAUUAGCAAUGAUGAAUGAAACCUUAAGGAAUCAAACAUAACCUAAUUUAGCUCAUUGGCCACAGUUAAAAGAAAUCAAGAUUUCAACCUGUCCUUAAAUCCAAAUCGAUGAAUCGAAAACUAUCUUGAAUCUACUAAAUUCGCAAAGAGGAUCAUCCCUAACUCGAAGGCCGAUGACAGCUAGAGAAGCAACUAAGAUUAUGAUGCCUAAGUAUUAGAAAUCUGAACUCAAGCCUGGAACAUAUUAAACUGAUAUCCAUUAGCAUGGAAUUAAGUACACUAAUAAUGACUUCGUGAAGUACUUCCUUCUCAAAAAAAUUAUCAAUAAAUUUCCUCUAUUAAAGCCUCUAGCAACUGUAGAUUAGGAGAAAUUGUUUAAGAUCAAGAAGGAGUUGCUAAAAAUAAGAAUAGUUAAUGAUAUUGUUGAGGAGGAUACAUUGAUGAAUAAAACAAAAAGUUAGUUCAAUUAGAGAUAACUUAGUCUAAUGAGCAACAAAAAUGUCAAGAUACUAAUGCAGGUAACAGCUGAACAUAAUCCAAAUGGAGUUGCCAAAGAAUAACUUGAUAAAUUGUUCAAUGAUAACAAGUUUUAUAGACAAAGCAAUAAGCCCUUAGGGAAUGUUGAUACUGAGGAAAUAGAUUACUAUAAAAAGUAAAAGCAUUCUAACAUCGUUGAGUUUCUAAAGCAAUUUAGAUUAUAAAAUGAAGAAGAGCUAGAAACUAAAGAAGAUUUGCACAAAUUAAUGCAAAAGAAACUGACAAAUAGCUCAUUUUAUGAUGAAAAUGACCCUGAAAUAUAAUUCUUGAAAAAUAUCCUUGCAACUAAUAGAAAGAUCGUUUUGCAGAAUAACAGGGAGGAUUAAGAAUCAGAUGAUGAAUCGAAAGAUGUUUAAUUCGGGCCUUAACAAAGGAUGACACCAACUUUAAAUAUGAUGAUGGAUAACAAAGGUUCGGCAAGCAACAACGAUUAAAAAUUGAUUAAAGGUGCUUUUAUGUCAAAAGGUCUACUACUCAAGAAGUAAGCAUCAGAGAAGCAAAUAAGGAAUAAAUUAAUUUAAGUACCUAAACCAGUCGAAUAAGUAGGAGAAAGAGAAUAGUGGUUGUAUGAGAAGUUGGAUCACGACUUAUAUGAAAAGACGAUCUAGAUUCACAAUAUUUAGUAGCCUGCUUUAACUGAAAGAGGUGCAUCAGUAUAGUCAACUGAUUCGAAUACGAACAAGACUAGACCUAAAACAGCUUUCCUAAGAUCAAAUGGUUCAACUUCAUCUAUUCCUGAUCUUAAUCUAUACACUUAUUUCAAAAUGCUAGAGAGAUAAAAGAGACUGCAAAUGUAGCAAUAGCAAACUGAUUUUUUCAUAACAUAGCAAAAAGAGGCAUUACUAAUGACAGGUAGUUAAGUUAAGCCAUCAUUAACUCGAUCUUAAAGUGCUAUGAAUUCCCCAUGUAAACUAAAGCAAAAAUGCAGCAAGAAGGAAUUUAAGAAGACCCAUGUAAUUAUCAAUCACUAAAGAACUCACUCUUAAAUUAGUCAAAGGGAAAGAUCUAUUAAUAAUGGAACAAGGCUUAUUGAAAAGGAAAAUUCAAACAAUAAUACUAUUCAAAUACCAAAUGAGGGUUUUAAUCUCCCACAUCCUCAUUUGAUAAAAUAACUUCAAAGCAAUGUCACCUCGAUAGAUUCAUUUAGCGCCUCUGAUGUAUAUCAUAUCUAAACACCAAAUAACAAUUUUACAAAGGAGCCUUUGCUAAAUCGUAUAAAAUCAGCUAACCAAGAUCAGGGUAUUCUAAAUUUAUAAUCAGAAUAGAAUGCUCCCUAAAGAAGAAUAUUAAGAGUAUAAGAUUUGAAUGAGCAAUCGCAUAGUGAUAUAAAAGAGAGCUUUAUAGACAAUCAGAAAAAUCUAAACAUUUAAGUUGAUUAGAACACUUAGAUAAGAAAAAUUUCUCAAAAUACUAGCUAAAGAAAUGAUGUUUUAUAUUAACAACAAUCUGUCGAUCCUAAUGAUCAUCUUCAAUAGAUAACUCUUAAUCAUUACUAAACUAUACUUGCUCACAAGUAAAGUAGCCAAGAAAUAAGUAAAAAUGAGUCUCUGAUUGCAAGAGAUAACAAUAUAAGAGUUCAUAUGAAUUAUAAAUCCAAUAUAUAAAGUAAUGUCAAUAAAAUUAAACCUCCAUAGAUGCAAAACCAAUCAUCUUCUCCUAAAGAGUAAAGGAUUAUAAAUCUUUAAACAAAACAAACUUUUCAGAAUGAGGAAAUUGAAAAAAGAAUUAGAAGAGCCCCAAGGAUUUAUUUCCUAGAUUAGAAUCAUUAAGAACUCGAUAUCAAGGAGUUCAAACCUAAGCUAAAAUAAGCAAGACUCUAAUCUGCGUAAAAAUCAAGAGUAAAAUAAAAUAUGAUUAAUGAUUUCUGGAACAAUACUGAAAGGACAUCAACAAAUUACACUUCUACCAUUAAAUCAGCACGGUAAUUUAUGUAUAGUGGUAUUGAUCCGAAUGCUUUGCAUUAAUAAAUCAUGGAAAGAAAUCCAUUUUACGAGAAUAGAAAUCAGCAAUACUAUGCAAAUUAAGCUCUCUUUCACUUGAGUGGAAGAUAGUACUAAUUGAAUAAAAUUCAAUAAUUAAGGCUUAAGAGAUAGCGAAAAGGAUAUGUUCUCAAGUCAAAUGUCAAUCUGGAUCAAAAUUUAAAGAAUCUCAAGCAUCUUUAGUCAAUAAAUGCUAUGAAUAUUGAUCUAGAUCUUAUUGGAGGUAUGGAGAUAGAGAGUAAAGAUAUUCAUUAAGAGAGUAUAACAAAACUUCUAAAGUCAAGGCCUAAAACUGCUUUAAAAAAUGAGGAUUAUAAAUAUCACGGAAAGCACACUAUAUAGAUAGGAGAAAACUUUUCAUCAACUUAAUAAUUCAGCUCUUUUUAGAGACCCCUCACUUCAAGAAGAGGGUCAGGAGAUACUCCAAUGACUAAAAUGGCACCGACUAAUUUUAAUAUAACUAUGAAGAAAAAAGAGGUAAAAGGCUUUAUCCAAAUACAUGGGAAAAAGGUAGAAGAUAAAGAGCAAAAUAUUUAUGGUGGAAAAUAUGGAUCUUAUGGAAUUAAGCAUAUUUGA